GCAGGAACUGUACCAGCCCUGGAACCAAGCAGGCUGGACCCUUCUUCCAAGUGACAGUCACCGCCAUGGGGGCUCCGGCCCUCCUGUGGCCUCUCCUGAUGUUGUCAUCGCUUAUAGUGCUUUUUGGCCAACCUCCAGGGACCGUGGCCCAGGGCUGCUCCGUGAACCAGACCUUAUUUGAAAUUGUGGAGAACACUGAUGUCUCUGAGCCGCUGGUGAACAUUUCGACUCAGAAAGACUAUGAGGUGACCCUGGGAGCCUCGUCCACUCCUUCUGCCUUUAAGAUCGACAAUAAUCAGCUGUUUCUCACUGUGAUUCCAGAUUACGAGGAAAACUCACUGCUGCAGGCAGUCCUGGAAUGUAAGAGAGGAAACGUUGUGGUGACACAAUUGCAAGUGUUUGUGGUUGUUCUGGAUGUCAAUGACAAUGCCCCAGAAUUCAGCUUUGCAAUCAAGGAAUUUAAUGUAAGAGAGGACACCGCAGUGGGCACAACCGUCGUCCCGGGGGCAGAGCUGAAGGCCACAGAUGCUGACAAAGAUGACAUCCUGUACUACACUCUCCAGGAAGUGACCCCUAAUGCCAGUAGCUUCUUCUCCCUGGUAAGUGUAAACGACCCUGCGCUGAUGCUGAACCGUUCCCUGGAUUUCUAUAAGAAUCAGAACAUGACUUUCAAGCUGCUGGCACGGGAUACUUGGGAGGAGGAUGCAAAGCUCAACCACACGGCCACUGCCACUGUGGUCCUGACCGUGCUGCCAGCUGACCUACGGACACCCUGGUUUCUGCCGUGCUCUUUUUCGGAUGGCUACUCCUGCGUUCAUGCCCAGUACCGUGGGGUUGUCCCCACGGGACACAUGCUGCCAUCCCCUGUCAUCUUGAGUCCUGGUCCCAUCUAUGCUGUGGACGGAGAUCAGGGCAUCAACGAGCGCAUCAUCUACAGCAUUGUGAAUGGAAACACGGAUGACACAUUUAUCAUCAACACAGACACUGGCAACCUCACGAUGGCCAAAAGUAUCCCCAACCCCAUGACCUUCAUCCUGAUCAUCAGGGCUGACCAAGCUGAUAAGGCCCGCUACUCAGUCACCCAGGCCAUUGUGGAGGCUCGGAAUGUCACUGGGAGCCCACUCCAGUUCUCUCAGAGCCCGUACCUUGGCAUGGUGGUGCUUGGUUCUGAGGCUGGCACAGCAGUGAAAGACAUGAUUUUCCCUUCGAAGAUCCUGAGGAUCCAGGCUCAGUACCCAGGCUUCCCGGAUCUUAACUUGGCCUUCACGUACCAAGUCACCAACUCCUCAGAGUUCACGAUGAGAGGGGAUAUCGUGCUCACCACAGUGGCUAUGGAGCAAGCAGGAGUCUUCUAUAUAGAGGUAGAAGCUACUAAUACUGUGACUAACGAGACAGCCACUACCGUUGUUGAGAUCCGAGUGUCAGAGCAGGAGUCCACAGAGUCCCCCACACCCCCAGAAGCUGGAGGAACAACUGGGUCUUCAAGUAGCACUACUUUGGAGACCCCCACGACCUCUGGGACGUCUCAAGGACCUGCCACAACCAGUUCUGGGGGAAGUGCUGGCCCCUUCCCACCCAUAGGCACAACUCUGAGUCCUCCUGCCUCCUCACCCAUACCUGGGGGGCUCCCUACUCUUGGAAUCAGCACUUCUCCCCAGACAGCCACACCCAGUGGGGGCUCAACACAGACCCCCAAACCAGGAACCUCUCAGCCAUUGGUCCCCAUUACAGGAACCAGCACCUCUUCUCAGCCAGCCACACCCAGUGGGGGCUCAACAGAGACCCCCAAACCAGGAACCUCUCAGCCAUUGGUCCCCAUUACAGGAACCAGUACGUCUUCUCAGCCAGCCACACCCAGUGGGGGCUCAACAGAGACCCCCAAACCAGGAACCUCUCAGCCAUUGGUCCCCAUUACAGGGGCCAGCACCUCUUUUCAGCCAACCACACCCAGUGGGGCCUCAACACCGGCCCCCAAGCCAGGAACCUCUCAGCCGACAGCCACUGGGCCCAUCAGGAGCCCCUCACCUUCAGGAGAAGGCGAGCUGGGUGAUGGCCAGAGAUUUUCCACGGUGGACAUGGCAGUUCUGGGCGGGGUGCUAGGUGCCCUGCUGCUGUUGGCCCUCAUCGGCUUGGUCAUCCUCAUCCAUAAGCACUACCGUCACCGGCUCAAUUGCUGCUCUGGCAAGGCUGCGGCUCCACAGCCGAAUGGCUAUGAUAACCUGACCUUCAUGCCAGACCAGAAGACCAAUUGGUCAACCACCUCCCACUCUCAGCCAGAGCCAGGCCCUGAGUCCUCCAAGCCGCCCUCUGGGCCCCCUAGUCCCAUGUCCUCCAGCCCCACGCCCCCGAGUUCCGCGCCUCCUAGCCCUGUGCCCAGCGCUUCGGGCUCUCCUAACACAGUCCAGGCUGGGGACAGUCCUUCAGCCGUGAGGUCUAUCCUCACUAAAGAGCGACGGCCAGAGGGGGAGGGCGGCUACAAGGCCGUUUGGUUCGGCAAGGACAUCGGGGCGGAGGCUGACGUGGUGGUUCUCAACGAGCCCACUGCAGACGCGGACAGCGCCAGCGCCUCGGGAAGCGAUGAUGAUGACCCUGGCCAGAAUACGAAUCUUCACCUCCACGCCAGUGUCGACAACACUUACAUCUAGAGGGCACCCCAACUCUCCACCCCAAGCCACUCCUUUUCCUCCGCCUAUUAAAGUAGCACUUUCGAAUUCCUAGAGU